UAUCAAAAUGGAGGUCUUGGAGGAUUCUAACAAACAAGAUGAUAAUAGUGAUCCGAGUGAAUUGAAAUGGCGUUCAGAUUUGGUAGAUGCUCUUUCAAAACAGACAGAUAUCAUACGAUUAAGAGAAAUUUGUCAAGGUCAUGAAAUUCCUAGCGAAUGCAGAGCACGUGUUUGGCAGAUAUGUUUGAAUGUUUGCGAUAAACCUGAUCCACUUCAACUAUGGGAUGAAAAACUGAACACAGCUGAACAACCAAGUAUAAAGAAAGAUUGCCAAGCAUUUGCAGGUUCCCUUGGUGAGGAUAUCUCAGAGCAAGCUGCGGAUAACUUGGAGAGAAUAAUUACACUUUACUGUAAAACAAGAAAUGAAAGAUACAAGUCCCAUAAUGGAUGGAUAGAAAUGCUUAUUCCUUUUAUGUCACUUAGUCUACCACCUCAAGAUAUUUAUAAUUUAUUUUAUGCAAUGCAUUCAAAAUUCAUUCCAAGGGAAUGUCACAGUGAAGGAAAGCCAUUUCAUCUUUUUCGUCUAUUACUUCAAUACCAUGAUCCAGAGUUGUGUUCAGUAUUGGAUUCUAAGAAAUUGUUUCCUGAUCAAUAUGCCCAAAAAUGGGUAAGGAAGUUGUUCUCUUUGGCAACUUGUUCGGCUCCUGUUGUGAAGUCAAUGUGGGAUAUUUAUUUACUGGAAGAUGAUCCAUUUAUGGUUUUCUUUCUUGCUUUGGUCAUCGUUAUAAAUUCAAGAGAGGACAUCAUGAAUACUGGAGUAAGCAGAUCUGAUGUUUUAGAUUCCAUCUCUGAGUUUCCAUCACAGAUGGCUGCAGAAGAUGUUGAAGAUUUUUGUUUAUUGGCUCGUUAUUAUGCUGCAAGAACACCACAAUCAUUUAGAAAACAAUAUUAUGGUCAAUUGUUCGGGAUUAAAACUGUCAAUGCCCACAAUGUCUGUCAAGCGUUAUGUCUACCUGUGUCAAUUGAAGAACUUCUACAAUCGCAUAAAAAUCAGAGUGACGAAAUUCGAUAUUUUGUGGUGGACUGUCGACCAUCAGAACAGUACAACAACGGACAUUUAUCGACGGCUUUUCAUCUUGAUGUCGACUUAAUGCUUCAAGCACCAUCUGACUUCGAGACGACUAUUGUUGCAUUGUUUGCAACCCAGAAACAGUCUGUCGCAGCGGGUUCUGUUGCAGGAGGUGAACAUCUAUGUUUUAUUGGAUCUGGAAUAGAAGAGAAAGAUCUAUAUGUCAAUAUGGUCGUAGCAAAUUUUCUUCAGAAAAAGACAAAGUACAUUAGCCUUGCAAAAGGUGGAUAUAAAGCUCUUCAUGAUAUGAUUAAUAAUGGUUUGAUUGAUCACGUGUCUUCCUCGUGCAUUGUUUCUUCACCAAACGCGUCAACAACCAAUGAGAGUGAAAAAAGUGUUAGCCGCAAAGGAGAUCCUAGCCCAGGGGCUAGUUUAGUGGGGAUGUUAUCCUCGGCAAAGACAAGUGUUAGUCAAAAGUUUUCAACUUGGCUGUCAGAACCUCACAGUGAAGUAAGACAUGUGAGCAGUAAUGAUAGAACUGGAAAGCGUUACCGAAACACGAAACCUGUGUUUAGUAUAGAAGAUGAUGACGAUGACGAUGAUGAUAAAGAUGGCGUCAAUACAUCCAGUUCAGAAGAUGAUAAGAAAUAUGAAUCUGUGAAUCUAAAAACAUGGCUAAAAAGGAAAGAUGCUGUUCAAGUUAUUCCUUGUAAAGAGAUAUCUAAUGCUGGACGUCUUUAUGAAUGUCAUAUUUUAAUUACGGAGUCGUUGAUGUUUGUCCUGCGAUCCACUACAUCAAGACAAGGAUGGGCUACAAUAAGAUCACGUGAUUAUCUUAAAGAUAUUUCCAAAAUAACGUCGAAGAAGAAAAGACCUGAAAUUAUCACAUUUACUAUAGGCGAAAGUGAAGAAAGAAACCGAAAGGCAAAAUUUAUCAUUCCUAAUGCACAGAAACCGAUUAAAAAACUUAAAGACCUUUUGAUUAAAUCAUUUGGUGGGGAGUAGAAUGUUUGUAAAAAUAAUUUAACUUAAUUCAAUAUGUAUUAAUAAUAUUGUUACACGCAUUAAUCUAUUAGAUAAAUUUCCAUCUCUCAUUCGUUGUGUCGAUAAAAAAAGUACUUAAAUAUAAAACCAGUAUCUCUAUUCCACUCUAAGAACAGUGUGUGAACAUUCCAGACACAUAAAGGCGUCGUAUUAAAAAAAAGCCUAAAUGAAAAAUUCGUAUAUGAUAAAAUUGUAAAUAUAAUUUUCAAUCAUAAUGGUAAACAAAGUAUUUUGCGUCAUUGUUUCCUCUAUUUAA